AUGUUCUUCAUCGCCAAGCAGCGGGUCGAAGAAUAUGAGGCUAUCGUUAGUUUGACUCUGCUUCUGAGCAGCUUCGCUCUCAGUCAACCGACUACUAGCGGCCAUGCAGUUCACGAGGUCGUGAAGCAGCUCCCGCAGGGCUGGCGGCAUAUCGCUGCGGCCGAUGACCUCAACACGAUCCAGCUUUCCGUCGCGUUGAAGCAGCCCGGCUUGUCGGAGCUCAAGGCACGUCUCGAGGUGACCAGCGACCCAGAUCAUGCCGAGUAUGGCGCACACGUAUCUCGCGAUCUGUUGAAGAUGUUCCAGGAGCCGAACGCUGAUGCCUACGCUGUCGUUGCGACUUGGCUUUCUGCUCACGAUAUUCGGAGCUUUGUUCAGGACGGCCCUUGGGUUCGCAUAAACACCACCGUCGUCAAAGCGAAUCGCUUGUUGGGUUGCAAGUUCUCCAAGUAUCAGUACAAGAGCGAGAAGGCUGUGUUGCGGGCCAAGGAGUACACUCUUCCGACCCAGGUCUCAGAGGUUGUCGACUUUGUCUUCCCGGUUACUCAGUUCAUGAGCAAGCCGCCUAGACGACAGAUCAAGGCGAGGGAGUCUGGCAAAGUAAAGCGACAGAGCACGAUGCCUCGAAGCUGCUGGGACUACACAACCCCCGACUGCAUCGUGGAUCUCUACAACAUCAACUACAGCCCGCCAAAUGAACCAUCACCCACAGACUUUGGCAUCGCCGGCUUCCUAGAGGAAUAUCCCAAUGUUCCUACUCUCCAAGCCUUCCUGGCGUCCUACAGCCCCCGCCGAAACACCACCGCCUUCUCGCCAAAGUACAACCUCACGGUGGAGUCCAUCAACGGCGGCAGCGACACCACCGAAGGCAACGGCGUCGAGGCUUUGCUGGACAUCCAGUACAGCAUGCCCUUCAUCCAGCCGAUGAACGCAACCUACUUCUCCACUGGCGGCCGCGGUCCCGAAAUCGGGCCCGACGGCAAAGAAAAGGAUCCCAAGGACAGCGCCCACGAGCCCUGGAUCGAGUUCCUCGAGGCCCUGCUCGCCCGCGAGACCAUCCCAGACGUCAUCUCCAUCUCCUACACCGACGAUGAGCAGCUCGUCCCGCAGCCGUACGCCCGUCGCGUCUGCGACCUCUUCAUGCAAGUCGCCGCCCGCGGCGUUUCUGUUCUGGUAGCUACCGGCGACGGUGGCGCAGCGGGCAUCGGUUCAGGAGACUGCAUCUCAAACGACGGCAAGAAUACGACAAAGUUUAUCCCGACGUUCCCCGUUGACUGUCCCUGGGUCACGGGUGUCGGCGCGACGGGCAACUAUGCGCCGACGGAGCCUGCGUGGUACAGCUCCGGCGGAUUCAGUGAGUACUUUGAGCGUCCGGCGUGGCAGGAGUCCGCGGCCAAGGCGUACAUUGCCGGCAUCAACGGAUCACACGCAGGCUGGUACGCACCGAACGGCCGCGGCAGCCCGGACAUCUCGGCCAUUGGGUCCCGGUUCCUGAUGCAGCCUGGGUGGACGCAGAAGGGGACGAGCGCCAGCACGCCCGUCGUCGCUGCGAUGAUCGCUCUCGCCAACGACAAGCGCAUGAGGGAGGGAAAGCCUGCUUUGGGAUUCCUUAACCCGCUGCUGUACUCUGACAAGGUCCGUUCCGCGAUCAACGAUGUCACGAGCGGAUCUAGCGGAAGCUGCUCUUACGGGACCAAGGUUGAGAGCGGGUGGUCUGCGACUGCUGGAUGGGAUCCGGCGACUGGCCUUGGGACGUUGGACUUUUCCAAGUUCCUUCAGGCGUUGGAGUGA